GAGCCAGCGUGUAAGGGGGGAAAUAAAGCUACGCCGGGGGCCAUACUGAUGCUGGGCACCGCUGCCAGCGCCCUGAACCUGUGCCACCUCGGUGCAGCACACCCUGUGCCUCUGGGCGGGGCAGAUAGACGUUCCUCUUUCUGGGAGUGUAUAGUAUAGGGCGUCUGGGUGCGGCGGCUGCUUCUACUGAGAGCCGGUCACUGACUGUAGGAAGAGUUUUCUAGUUGCACUCUGUUUGGAGUUAUAUACUGUAUGUGGAGGUUACAUAAUCAGUAAUUGCAUGUACCUGGUGAAUGUGUAACCUGUCCCCGUUGGGUGACGCACAUAUGCUGCUACAUGCAGCUAAUACUUCUUAUGAUGGAGUAUAACAAGAUAACGCACAAUGUAUGUUAGGUCUCGACUCUUUAUGUUUGCAUUUAGAGAAUUAGAAUGGAUCCAUGUAAUGUUAUUCUGUCUGAUCUGUGCCACUGGUUAAGGCUGCUGUACGUGAUGGGUAGACAAGCGGUGUUUGUCACUGUGUAAAAUGCUAUUGCUGAUCGGCAUAGCGGGUAUGACUAUGUAAUUUUCUAGUACUACUAAACUGUGCGCAGGCAGCGAUGUAUCUGACACGGAGGAAACCAGCCCUGUAUCUCAGAGAGAACAGUAGGUCAGGCCUUUUUCUUGGGAUUCUUCCUAGGAAAUGCAGUAUUUUCAGUCUAUUCCUGGCCUGCUUGCUGCUGGGGUUUCUAUCUAUGCUUUGGUUGCAACUCAGCUGCACAGGGGAUGUCAAGCGACAAGAAGAUAAAUCUUCCAAGCAGACCUGCCCCCCAGUUCCUAGGACUAUGGAUGAGGAACCUUCAUGGUCCUCUCACCGAUUAGCUUUGCUGGUCCCCUUCAGAGAACGAUUUGAGGAACUCCUUAGCUUUGUCCCCCACAUGCACCAGUACCUGUCUGAGAAAAAAAUCCGCCACCAUAUAUUUGUUAUAAAUCAGGUGGAUCACUUCAGGUUUAACAGGGCUUCAUUGAUAAAUGUGGGCUUCUUGGAGAGUGGGAACGAAACGGACUAUAUUGCCAUGCACGAUGUUGACCUGCUACCUCUUAACCCAGAGCUGGAUUAUGGAUUCCCGGAAAAGGGCCCCUUCCAUGUGGCUUCCCCAGAACUGCACCCCUUGUACCAUUACAAGACCUACGUUGGGGGCAUUCUACUGCUCACCAAACAGCAUUUUGACUUGUGCAAUGGAAUGUCAAAUCGGUUUUGGGGAUGGGGUCGAGAAGAUGAUGAGUUUUACCGCAGGAUCAAAGGAGCUGGGUUACAGCUUUUACGACCAACUGGAAUUACCACAGGAUACCAAACAUUUCACCACAUUCAUGACCCUGCAUGGAGAAAGCGAGACCAGAAGAGAAUUGCCGCACAAAAACAGGAGCAGUUCAAAGUGGACCAUGAGGGGGGCCUACACAAUGUCCAGUAUCGUGUGGAGUCUCGUUCCGAAUUGACCAUUGGUGGUGCCCCAUGUACUGUGCUGAAUAUACUGUUGGAAUGUGACUUGAAUAAGACUCCAUGGUGUGCUUUUAAUUGAACUCGCAAAGUGUACACGUCAUUUGGCGACUUAGAACUGAGAGACUGGCCUUACAGCAGGAAGACACGUGAAUCUGUAGUUAGCUAUGAACUAUAAGACAUUUUAUAUAUUGUAAUAAAAAUGACAAAACUUU